AUGGUAACACAUCGUACUAAGACAUCAAACUCACCACCACAGGAACGACGAUUCUUCGCCCAGCCGCUGUCAGAAAAGUCCAAAGCCCCAUACGUAGCGGCGCGAAACGCGGGCUAUAAACCCGCCAGCUCGUACGGAGCCGACGGCAAAUUCACAGACCCGCGCGAAGCCAUCAGCAUCAACAAAUGGCCUACAUCCUCGCACGCCUCGGCGGCCACCCUGCCACCCAUCCUUUCGGAAGCACGGGAUCAAAUCCACGGUUUCCAGCGCCAAGUCCAAGCAUUCACUACACAGCUGCUGGAACUCGUUGCCCUGGCCCUCGGCCUUCCUGCCACGACAUUUACCAGGAACCAUAACCCCGAGAGGGAGAACUUCGACAACUUCGAGCUGAUGCACUACCCUCCUGUCGCUCCGGCUGGCGGUACCGGUGUCGAUACUGGUGCUGGCGCUCCUUCCGAGGCCUCGUCCACGUUCCGCAUCUCUCCGCACACUGACUGGGGCACGUUGACCCUGCUAUUCCAGUCCGCGGUUGGGGGCCUCGAAGUCCGGCCACCAAAAUACACGUCGCCUACACUUUCGCUGUUGACCGAGAAAUGGACACCAGCGCCUCCGCUGCGGGACAAUAUCCUCGUCAAUAUAGGUGACAUGCUGGAGUUCUGGACAGCGGGCAAAUUAAAGAGUACGUGGCAUAGGGUGGUUCCCACGGCCGCGGAUUGGAAAUUGGAUAGAUACACCUUUGCGUAUUUCCUCCAUCCGGACAAGGACUGCGUGCUGGUGCCCAUGGGCGGGAUGGAGAAGGAGGGUUGGGUGCCCAGAUAUGAGGGCGUCGGGAGGACGGCGGAAACGCAUAUCCAUACGAGGAUUCGGGCUGUCCAUGGUGGGAAGAAAUGA